UAAUCAAACUUCUCCCACGAACUCAAUCAACCUCAACCCCCUCCUCGAAGUCCUAUUGUUAUGCAGUGCCCUGAUCGGUCCACACUGUCCGUAGUUGCGCCUGUCGCUUCGGCCAGGCCGCUACAAUAAUGGAAAACACCCACCCCCACGCCCAUCCACCCUCAUCUCUGGACAAUGUCCAUACCCGUUCACGCUCCAUCACCUCCCUCCCUCUGCGCGACUAUCCCCCCAAGAAUUCAGCCUCUACGCCCAAGUCGGUUCCUCAUAGCAAACAACAGCGCCUACUUCACUCCCGUCACGCCAGAUUCUCCGCUCAGAAUCUCUCCUUCAACGGCCUGACCUUUCCUCAAGUCACCAGACACGGCGAUGUCGAAAACUCUCAUGUCUCCUCAACCAGGUAUACCAAGCAAGACGAUCUUACUCGUAACUCGGACAACUCCAGCGACCUGACCGGCCCUUCACCUUCGUCCACAAUCUUGAACGAGAUCGCUCACUUCGCCGCUUCCAAGCAUCGUUCGUCCCAUCCUCGUGCUCCAAUACCUGUCUUUCAAGACUCACCGUCCGCACGUUCCCCGCCACCAGAACAAGAUAUUUACAGUCAAAUUCCCGAUAGUACUCCCGAUUCGAUUCCCGGCUCUCGUGAAAGCAUGGGCCUAAAGGAGCUUUCUGUCAACGUCCAGCGGCCAUCAUCCAAAGUUGGCUCAUCAUAUUAUACCUCCCCACGAACUUCACUGCGUCGCCGCAAGUCUUCUCACCCCAAACCACGCUUCAAUUCCGAGGAAUACAUCCAACACAUUGAGAACGAACUCCAAUUAGCCAAGGAAGCCUUAUAUUCACCAAAGUCUCAUUUAGCCUGGUCCGAAAAGCUGAAGAAAGCCAAGGAGGAAAAUGAGCAACUCAAGAAGGAGCUAGACAAUACCAAGCGCUCCUUUGAAUAUGAACUGCGAGAAACCGUCGAGCGUCUAACUGCAAAUGAACUCGGAUUGAAACGCAAGAUUAGAGACCUCGAAGAGGACAUUGACCACAAACAAAACAUCAUCCAUGCCCUCGAAUACGAGCACCAUGAGAAACGCCUCGACAUGGCCACCUUGGAAACACUCAAGGCUCGCAUUGAAAAGCUCGAGGAGGAACGCAUCAGCUUAGAGCUUGCGAAUAACGACAUGACCAAACGCAACGAGGUCCUGACUCAAUUGCUCGCUCUCUCCCCCACCAAAGCCCACCACAGUGUGGACCUUCCAACUCCCAGGACAAAGAGUGCCCGUCCGAUGUCGAUGAUUAUCCCUCGCGUUCCAUCAUCUCCACUGGAUAGAACUCCCCUCAGUCGGCCACAGUCCGUCCUUAUCUCUCCGUCACAUCAGUCCACCGACUACUUUGCCCGAUACGCCUCCUCUUCCCCCCUAGCCUCCAGCCCCGAUGUGCAGCGUCCUGUCAACGACCCGAGCAAUGAUGAUGUCCAAUCACUCGACUCGGGACUAGGCGAGUCAUGCGCCAACCCUCCGACUAAUGCCACUUCGAGACGGUCAACCAUCGCGUCAAAUGUAUCCAGUAGCCCGGACCUGCCUUCCUCCCGUCAUGCCCACGGAGAAAGACCCAAUCCACUCCUCAGGCAACCCUCAAGGAGAAGAGCACGGAAGUUCAUGCCUGGAUCCACACAAUUGAAACCAUUACUACUUCCCGCUUUCACCGCAGAUAGUGGUAAUCUACCGUCCGCUUCUCCCUUGACCUCUCCCAGUCGCCCCGUCUCGAUGCUGGUAAGCCCGACUCCACAUUGGCAGAGUGUCCACAGUCAGAUGGGCGCCGACGUGGCAGAAGAUGUCGUCCCAAGUUCAUCCAGCUCAAACAUCGGUGCACCUGGUCCUUCUUUCCAAAGCUUAGACGAAGUCUUCACUAAAAUGGGAGAAUCCUUGGAGACUCACGACUCUCCACAACUUCCCCCGACCGUCCAUGAGUCUUCAAAGAGUCAAAGCUUCGACCAAGUCAUAGAUGGAGUACCUCCUCAGAGGCCUGAGCCACGUCCGCGCAUUACUUCUUGGGUUUUGAAGACAAUGCAUGAAUGCCCUGAACAAGAUGAUAUCGCCGACUCCCGUCAAUCUGCACAGCCUCUCAGACACAUUCUUCAUGAAUCAAAAUCAACCAAACCCUACGCACGACAUCAUUCGAUCCAAUCGAGUGGGUCGGAAAUCUCGUCUGUCGAAAUUCCUCGCCCGCUUUUUUCGAGAGAUGCUCCCUUCCCGACGUGUUACGAUGAUUGGAAAGACAACUUGCCGAUUGAUCCGCCUCGACAUAUUCCACGAAAGCGACACAAAGCCGACUCACACAGUGAUCUAAGCUUCGCCGGCAUUGAAGAAGAAGGUAGUGAGCCUACUCCCCGCCCUCCUCUCGAUCGCGGCCCCCUUGAGAAAGGAGUUGGCCGCGUCGACAAGAGGUCACGGCCCUCAAGCCUGGUAUUGAGGCAAGGGAAGCCUCCAAUUCGUGGCCCCUUGGAAAUGCUACAACAAGGAGGCAUUGGUGCAAAACCACUGGCUGCCAUCACCAUUCACGCGGUUUAUGCGACCUUGUCUAGGUACACUUCAUACAUUCAAGGAUUCAAGAAAGACCCUCUGGCUUUAGCGCGUCGCAUUAUCGCAAAUGCAUGGCGUUCGAAUUGGGCCAUGUUUGGAAGGAUGAGCUGGUGGGUCCUCGGCCUUUUUAUCGGAUUCCGCCGGCCUGCGACCAGAAGUGAAGACUUUGAUUGGGAACGAUAUGAUGGUGAAAGCAUUGCCUAUCGAUAUUGUUCCCUGAAUAGAGACGACGGCAGCUUGCUUCAAGAUAAUCAUGACGAUUGUAUCCGUCAAGCCCAACACCCUCAAGCUCAAACAUCCAAUCCACCGCCAACAGCUGCUGAGAUGGCAGCCAAAGACCCGGGUCCAGGAUGGGGCAAAUCUGUCUUUCUCUGGGGAAAAUUUAGUGUUGCGAUUAUGCUUGCCAUUGGCGGAGCAAUAAUCAAAGGCCCCGGAGAAAUGCUAAGAGACAUCGACGAACGUGCGAGAUCUCGUCGCAACAGUACAACGGGCGCAAGUCUAAAUUCAACGUCGCCCAUGACAUCUUUCCGACACUUUGAUCAAGCAUACUUGGUGGACGAGAUGCCACUUUCGUCACAUGGCAUCGUCAUGAAGAAUGAUCAAGGCUCAGGUGUUGUCCGGAAAGUCCGAAGCUUCAGCUCUCCAGCCCCUUCUUCUCGGUACCACGACCCUGAUGUGGUGGCUCAGGCACCACAAAAGCAGACGAGGGUACUUCCAGAACCUUCGAGCAUCGAACCUGAGCCAAUCAUGGAACCAGCUGUCCAAGUCUUGGAAGAAAGCUCAACCUCGUUUGACACGUUAAGACCUCGACGAGCGCCACGAAGAAAAGUUGAUUCUUUCUUUGAACAUUGGCAUGGUGCUGGAGAGGGCGAGCUAUGAAAAGAACGACGUUACAAUUACAGGAACGAGUUAAUUUAAUGACAAUUAAUGUGCCUUGAAGAGGAUCAGUGAAAGCAUUCAUGGCAGGCAAAACACGGGAUGCUGUAUGAUGACGAUGUGAAAAGAAUGAGGAGACUCGAUGGGUCGAUGAUACCAGCAAGCAAGACGGAGAUGAAGGGAUGAGGGUAUGGAGGGUAGUCAAUCAUGAAGCAUGUGAGAAUUGUACUGAGUAAUGACAUGACGAUAGCCAAUAGCUGAUAGCCGUUGCACUGAAUGCAAGAUGUAAUAUGACAUG